AUGGGUAAGAUUGGAGUGUGGAUUCUAGCUUUGGGGGGAGGCGUAUUAACCCUCCUUUACAUUCUUCCAUGGGCGUACAUCGCGCUUGACCUUCUCGGAAACUGCCGCGAUGCCCCUCCUGCAGUGCAAGAGCCUUUCGUCUCGUUCGAGGAAAUCGUCAACCAAGGCACGUCCGAUAAGCGCACGCAUCACUACGGCGCCUUCUACAGCCUCUAUCUCGACCCGCUGCGCCUGCCGCGACAGUCCCUUGAUACCAAAACUAUCAGAAGGUUACGCGGGCAGAAGCGAGAGCAGUCCGCAUGGGAGAUUCCCGAGGUGAACAUGCUGGAGAUCGGGCUCAAAUACGGCGACUCGCUGAAGCUCUGGAAGAGGGCGUUCCCGAAAGGCAGGAUCUACGGUGUCGACAACGAAGUCAUUUCGAAGAAGCACCAGGCGGAGGCAAGGGACCCGCGGGUGCGGCUGAUGGUGGGCGACCAGGCGAAUGGGACGUUCCUGGAGCAAGUGGUGGCUGAGAUAAAGAGUGCGGUGAGGAGUGGUGGCUGA